CUGGAGCGUCCAAUCACAGAGUCGUGGGCUCCUCGACUAUGAGAGCUCACAAUCCCUUUGCGAUUGCGAUCCAAGCAGCGCCAUGGAUGCGCCCCAGGAGCAUGAAGAGCCGCCCAAGGAGCCAAUUCCGCAGUGCCCGCUGCUAUCACCCUAUGAGCUGGGCAAAUUCAAGCUCAAUCACAGGGUCGUUCUCGCGCCGCUGACGAGAUGCCGGUCCUAUGGAUCCAUACCGCAGCCCCACGCCGCCACAUACUACGCUCAAAGGGCGACUCAAGGAGGACUUCUCAUCGCUGAGGCCACUGCGGUGUCUCCCACGGGAUUUGGAUUUCCUUGCACGCCAGGGGUUUUCUCCGAGGAGCAAGUGGAGGCAUGGAAACCGAUUGUCAAGGCAGUGCAUGACAAAGGGGGCAUAUUUUUCUUGCAGAUAUGGCAUGUUGGAAGAGUUUCACAUACAUCAUAUCAGCCUCACGGAGAAGCUCCUCUUUCUUCUUCCAACAAGAUAGCUACGGGCAAAUUGACACUUCCUUCGGGAGAAGAGGGGAGCUACUCAACUCCGAGAGCUUUGGAAACACACGAAGUUCGUGCAAUCGUGCAGGACUUUCGCUUGGCUGCACGAAACGCCAUAAGCGCAGGCUUUGAUGGUGUUGAGAUCCACGGGGCUCACGGCUAUCUGAUCGACCAAUUCCUGAAAGAUGGUGUCAACGAUAGAACGGAUGAGUACGGUGGUUCUCUCGAGAAUCGCUGCCAGUUUGCUCUCGAGAUCGUAGAGGCCAUCUCCAAAGAGAUUGGCUCGGACAGGGUCGGGAUACGUCUCUCACCAUUCUCAAACCACUCUGGCUGUGUGGAUUCCAACCCGCAGGAGCUCGGCCUCUACUUGAUCCAGGCUCUAAACAGCGCCAACCUUGUCUACGUCCACUUGGUUGAGCCAAGAGUGAACUUUGGCUGUCCGAAUGAUGCACACACACUCUGGCCGAUAGUAAGAGCUUACAAGGGGAAGGUUUUGAUCGCCGGUGGAUACAACAGGGAGGAUGGAAAUGAGGCACUGAGAGCCGAGAAGGCUUCCAUGGUUGUCUAUGGCAGACAUUUCCUGGCGAAUCCAGACUUGGUGAAACGAUUCAAGCUUAAGGCACCACUAAACAAGUAUGAUCGCCGGACUUUCUACAUCCAAGAUCCUGUGGUUGGAUACACUGACUAUCCUUUCCUUGAAGAUUAAGAAAACGAUAGCUAAUAAAAGUAUUAGUUGGAGAUAAAACAUGUUUUAAAAAAAUAGAAGAUUUUCACGCUUGCAAAUUUAGCGUUGCAUCAA